AUGACAUCAGUGGUCCCACACAAGUGUGGCGACAAUGGAGGGUUCCGCUGCGCCAAGCCCCCCCGGCCUUCUCCCGGCAGUACAGUACAACCAAACGGAACGCCAUGCGAGGUGUUGCAAAAGCCGAUUUCCCAUCCCAUCCUGCACGAAGGGUCCAACUCGCCUCAUGACGUUCCCGCCUCCUUCAGCGGUAGCGGUUGGAUCGCCGAGACAAACAAGGACGAGGUCAUCGUGACCUGCCGCAGCUUAGUACACCACCGCGCCAAACCUCAUUCAGUUCGUUGA